GCUGCCGCUACAGGACGCAAACUGGCUGCCAAGACCAAGCUUUUGGCUCAAAGAGGCGCUACCAGGUGCACAGCUCUGGGCAUGAGCCUUUUGAGCUGCAGAGAAAAGCCCAGCACUGGUCCUGGGAAAGGUGCCUAGAAGAACACUGUGCAGGACCCCGUGAGAUGGAGCCUGGACAUGGAGGCCCUUCUGUGCUGCCCCACUGGCCCCAGCCUGGGUGGCAGCCUGUCCUGUGGCCAACGCUGGCUGCUCUGGCCCUGCUGAGCAGCGUCGCCAAGGCCUCUGUGGGCCCCGCGCCCCGCAGCCCUGCCACCCGCGAAGGCCCCGCGCCGGCCCCCGCGCCCCCGGCCAGCCAUCUGCCGGGGGACCGUGUGGCUCGUUCGUGCGGCGGAAGAGCCCGGCGACCGCCGCCCCAGCCGCCCCGGCCCGCGCCCCCUCCGCCCUCGCCCUCCCGCGGGAGCCGCGCGGCGCGUGCCGGGGGCUGGAGCGGCCGUGCGAGCUGGGGAAGCCGCGCGCGGGCCGCGGGGGCGCGGGGCUGCCGCCUGCGCUCGCAGCUGGUGCCGGUGCGCGCGCUGGGCCUGGGCCACAGCUCCGACGAGCUGGUGCGUUUCCGCUUCUGCAGCGGCUCGUGCCGCCGCGCGCGCUCCCCACACGACCUCAGCCUGGCCAGCCUGCUGGGUGCCGGGGCCCUGCGGCCGCCGCCCGGCUCCCGGCCGGUCAGCCAGCCCUGCUGCCGCCCCACGCGCUAUGAGGCCGUCUCCUUCAUGGACGUCAACAGCACCUGGAGGACCGUGGACCGCCUCUCAGCCACUGCCUGCGGCUGCCUGGGCUGAAAGUGCUCUCCAGGGUUUGCAGGCUGCACCCCUACCGGUGGAUCUUCCCGAAUGGGGCCCUCCCGCAGGGUCCCGAGAGCCAGAGAUGGAGGCCUCAGCAGGGAAUGACAGACAUCGACUCUGGAGGAAUGACUGACUGUCUGGCGGCCCCAGCCUCCUCACCCUGAGACGCCCAGUCCUACAGACACCAGACACCUCGGCUAUGGAGACCUUAGUCCACUUUCUCACUGCCUCCAGCACUGACCAGGCCACAGAGCCAGGGCUCCUCCUCUGGAGGACCCAGCAGUGUCCCACGUGUCAGCCUCAGCCCAGGCCCUGGGAGGACAGAAUGGAGGAGGCAUACUGCAGUUGCGCUGUUGAAGUGCCUGUGCUAGUGUGGACCUUGCGCUCACUCAUGGGAACUGGACGCCUAUUUAUUAUUUCUAAGUUAUUUAUUUACUUCCGUGGUUUGUCAGAUCCUUUCCUUGGGCUAGAGGGGCUGGAUGGGUAGAAGCAGCUGGAUGGAGAUCAUACCCUGACCAUCCCACUCACUUCAGGCUGACUCAGCCUUCACAGACCUGGCCUGGGUCUCCAACUGCUUGUCCCCACCAAGGGCUUGGGACACAGGCAGAGUGGGUGGCAAAGUUGCAGUCACAAGGCCGGUGGGUCAGCUCACAACCCCCUGUGCAGUCCCCAGCACCUGGGUCAAAAAGCCCCACCCUUGUGACCUCUGGCAUCCUCGGGGCCUUGCUUAAUGGGUCAAGACACAGACAAUCCCAUUAAACUGUCCUAUCCUACACACUGUCCCAUCCCACACUGAUCAGUGUCCCACCCUCCAGGGCACCCUGACAGGUAUGUACACUGCUUCUGCUUGCAGAUGGUCCAGCAUAGGGAGCUCACUACCCACAUUCCAAGAAGCAGCCUAGGGCAAGAGAGCAUCUGAGGUGGGGAAGAGAGUGCAGUGGAUACUGGCUUGGGGGAAUAAAGCACAGAGCAGCAAGGGUAUAAGAAGCCAGGAAAGGGCUGAGGACCCCCAGAGGAAUGUGCACCUUGGGUGUUGAACAAGGAUAUUCAUUUAUUCAUUCAACAAAUAUUAAGUGUCUAUAAUAUGUUAGAUACUGGGUGGACACUAGGAUACAGAAGUGAAAGGGACAUGACCCCUGACUUUAAGCUUAAAUCAAGAGAGACAGACAAUAAUGAAAUAAUUAUUUAAAUUCAAUUUGGCAACUAAUACGAAAAAGGACAAGGAGCUAAGAGGUACACACCUACAUCUGGAAGGAAGAACAGGUUAGCGCUGACGCUGGCAUUCCACAUUGUCCCUGAGUCAUCUCCAGAAAGUCAAUGCAAUCCCUCUGAGCUUUUCUACAUGUCCUGUGGAACCUUGUUUCCUGGGUCCCGUGGAUUUGACCUAUAGGAUUUUCUUCUUUGGAAGUAAUAUUGGGACAUGUACUGGAAAGGAUGUUGAGUCUGAGGAACUGUGGGACAUCCAGAGGGGCCGUUGGGAGGAAUGAUCUGCUGGUCCA